GCGGAAGCGCCCGUAUCGCGCAGGUGCCAAUCGAAGCUCUCGGCCAACUUCGCGCUGCACUCAGAGCUAUCGCUGUGCCGCGCGUCGCCAUCUGGCGAACAAUCCCACAGUCAGUCCUGUCAAAAUGGCGCUCAAGGCACAAGUCGGUCAAAAGAUUAUGAAUGAGGUGAUCAAGCAAAAGAAGAAGACAACAGGUGGGGUAGAAUGGCGGAUCUUGGUGGUGGAUCAGCUCGCCAUGAGAAUGGUGUCCGCUUGCUGCAAGAUGCACGAUAUCAGCGCUCAGGGUAUCACCCUGGUGGAAGAUAUCAAUAAGAAGCGUGAACCUCUGCCGACGAUGGAGGCCAUUUAUCUCAUCACACCUUGUAAUUCGUCAGUGCAGAAAUUGAUUGACGACUUCAGUAAUCCGACAAGAACCACUUACAAAGUUGCCCACGUGUAUUUCACAGAAGCAUGCCCUGACGAGUUGUUCAAAGAAUUGUGUCACUCACUGGUAGCUAAGCACAUAAAGACACUAAAAGAGAUCAACAUCGCUUUCAUACCGUAUGAAGAGCAGGUCUUCUCGUUGGACUCGCGUGAAACUUUCGCUUGCUUUUACAACAACUCUUUCGCUAAUCUGAGAACAGCCAAUAUGGAACGUAUUGCUGAACAAAUUGCGACUCUCUGCGCCACUCUCGGGGAAUAUCCAUCAGUUAGAUAUCGCGGUGAAUUUUCCCGUAAUGUUGAGCUCGCUCAAAUGGUGCAACAGAAGUUAGAUGCAUACAAAGCUGAUGAACCGACAAUGGGAGAAGGACCUGAGAAAGCGCGUUCUCAGCUAUUGAUUCUAGAUAGAGGAUUUGAUUGUGUCUCACCUUUGUUACACGAACUUACACUGCAAGCCAUGGCAUAUGAUUUGCUAGACAUCGAUAAUGAUGUCUACAGGUUUGAAGCAACAGCAGGUCAGGAGAAAGAAGUAUUGUUAGAUGAAAAUGAUGAUUUAUGGGUAGAACUCAGGCAUCAACAUAUUGCUGUAGUAUCUCAGAACGUGACUAAAAAUUUGAAAAAGUUUACAGAAUCAAAAAGAAUGCCACAAGGUGAUAAACAGAGUAUGCGAGACCUGUCACAGAUGAUCAAAAAGAUGCCGCAAUAUCAAAAAGAACUGAGUAAAUAUGCCACACACUUACAAUUAGCCGAAGACUGCAUGAAGCGCUAUCAAGGAAAUGUAGACAAGCUUUGUAAAGUGGAGCAAGACUUAGCCAUGGGUACCGACGCGGAAGGUGAACGUAUUAAAGAUCAUAUGAGGAAUAUCACACCAAUUUUACUUGAUCAAACUGUGAAUCAUUUGGAUAAAUUACGCAUCAUAGCUUUAUAUGUUCUCAGCAAAAACGGCAUCACCGAUGAGAAUCUUAACCGUUUAGUUCAUCAUGCCCAAGUAUCUGUUGAUGAUAAGCAGACUAUUGUCAAUAUGUCAAAUCUUGGCGCCAAUGUUGUUGUAGAUAGCAAUCGCAAAAAGCAGUACACAGUACCACGUAAGGAAAGAAUCACAGAGCAAACUUACCAAAUGAGCCGUUGGACUCCAAUCAUCAAGGACAUUAUGGAGGAUUCCAUCGAGGAUAAAUUGGACUCCAAACAUUUUCCGUUCCUUGCCGGACGUGCAGCCAGUUCGGGAUAUCAUGCACCAACCAGCGCACGAUAUGGACACUGGCACAAAGAUAAAGGUCAACAGACCAUCAAAAACGUUCCUCGUUUGAUCGUUUUUAUAGUUGGUGGCAUGUGCUUCUCUGAAAUACGAUGUGCAUACGAAGUUACGAACGCAUUAAAAAAUUGGGAAGUCAUAAUCGGUUCAUCCCAUAUAAUCACACCGAAGUCUUUCAUGAACGACUUGAGUAAACUACACGUCUAAACGAUUAUGUACCCAACAGAAAAGAUAACAUUCCCAAACUUAAUUUGCCAUUAGCUUCAAUUCCAUCAGUAAUAUCAGCUAUGAAGCCAUUAAUGAUCUCGAGCAUAAAAUUAGAGUAUUUAACUAUUAAAUAAUGAACACACAGAGUCAAUUCUUUAAGCGAAAGCGCCUCAUUCCGGACAGAAAUAUCAAGCACGUAUCUCGUUAGUUGAAUUACAAUGAAAGUAUUCGUGUAUUAAUCGAGCACGAAAAGUCUUGAUCAGACCGAGUUAUCAAGUGCCUGCGCGAAUACGUUGAUCAUCAGAGAUCGUAUGAAACACUUUGGCAAUACUGAUAUAGAUUGCACGAAGCUGUAUAAUGGUAUCGAGUCUCUAGCAAAGUUCUAGGAUAUAUUCGUGAUCGUUAUUCUUAACGGUAAUAAAGGAGAAUUUGUGAAGAUCUAUGAUCCGUAUUCAGAGUCGUUUCUCAAAUCUCAGAUCUCGGUCUGUCUUGGUCUCGCAUAUGAUAAAAUGUAGAACGCGAAACAAAGACAGACUAGGAUCUGAGAUUUGAGAAAUGACUAUGAAUACGGACCUAUGUGCGUCGUAGAGAAGGAUCGUGAUAUUCCUGUACAUUUCUCUCGUUAGUAUUAUGUUAUCUUUGCCUCGUUGAAAAACUUACCAUCAAGUCGUCAUUUUAAAUGUAAACUAUUUUUGUUCGUCAAGCGUACUUUUACUACUUCUAAAAAAUUCUAUUAUGGUAGAGAAAUCAAAUCUCUAAUUGUCGCCUUUCGCUUUAUUCUCUUCAAAUGUAUUAUCAAUGUAACAGCAAUACAAAGUUAUUUAUUCGAUAUAAUUAUUUCUUGAAUCUACUAAUUAAUGGUACUUGAAUGUAAAAUAAAAAUCGCUAGAUGUAGCCCGACACUUGUUCGUUUAUUAACUUAUUUAUUUGUACUUUCAUCGUUUUGCGCAUUGAACUCUUCAGUUAAUCGAUUGCCAGUGCAGAUGCUACAUUUAAUGUAUUUUAUAAGUAUAUAAUAUUCACAAUAUGCUCUCUCAUUGACAAAUUCGAUUAGUAAUUACUUUUGUUGAAUGUGUUAAUACAAACACAAUUAUAAUAUAUCAAUAUAUAUGUAUGUAUCGCAAGAUUUAUCGCAAUUGUUGUCGGCGGCUGUGGUAAAGAAACGCUGUCUAUCGAAUCAGAAGCUUGCGCUGUUGAUGAAUAAUAAUAAUGGUAAUAAUUAUUACCAUAUAAUGUAAUGUCAAUAAAUGUUGCGAUUUAGUGGAGAGAUUA